CCAGGGCCGGACCGCCGGAGGGGCCUGUAGAAAAAAUCUGAACCGCCGCAUAUUUCCAGGACUCUCUACUUUCUCUCUCCCCUUCAAAUUAAUUCCGUCGUCACUUUCCCUCUCUCUCCCAAUCUCUCCUCCCAUUUGUCCCCUUCUCUCCUUUUUCCUAUGAACUCUGAUCGAUCCUUCCAAAAGUAGGGCACACCACAAAACCUAAUCCCCACCUGAUACACCGAAACGAUGCCGCUUUUCGUCUCCGACGAGGACUUCUCCCGUCACGGCAACGACGCCGUUUGGGUGGCGGACAAGGCCGACGCCUAUAUUCGGGACCUGCAGAGGGAGCUAGAGACCGUCAAGGCCCAGAACGACGCUGCUUCCAUCACGGCCGAGCAGACCUGCUCCCUCCUCGAGCAGAAGUAUCUCUCCAUCUCCGAAGAAUUCUCCAAGCUCGAGUCUCGAUACGCCCAGCUUCAGUCCUCCCUCGACAGCCGCCUCUCUGAGGUCGCCGAGCUCCAGUCCCAGAAGCACCAGCUCCAUCUCCAAUCCAUUGGGAAGGAUGGGGAGAUAGAGAGGAUUAAGGCGGAGGUGUCGGAAUUGCACAAAUCGAAGAGGCAGUUGAUAGAGUUGGUGGAGCAGAAGGACUUGGAGAUUAGUGAAAAGAAUGCCACCAUCAAGUCUUAUAUCGACAGGAUUGUAUUAUCUUCUGACAAUGCCGCUCAAAGGGAGGCUCGUUUGAGCGAAGCCGAGGCAGAAUUAGCACGCACCAAGGCUGCAUCUACUCGUCUAUCACAGGAGAAAGAACUUAUUGAAAGGCAUAAUGUCUGGCUUAAUGACGAGUUAACAGAGAAAGUUGACAGUCUCAUUCGGCUUCGUAGAACGCAUGCUGAUGUUGAGGCAGAUUUGUCUUCUAAACUUGCAGAUGUUGAGAGACAAUUCAAUGAUUGCUCUAGCUCUUUAAAAUGGAACAAGCAAAGAGUGAGCGAAUUAGAAGCCAAGCUAACGUCUUUGCAGGAGGAGCUACACUCAUCUAAAGAUGCUACUGCAGCCAAUGAAGAGCGAUUAACUGCUGAACUCUCAACAUUAAAUAAGCUUGUUGAACUAUACAAAGAAAGUUCUGAGGAAUGGUCCAAAAAGGCAGGAGAGCUUGAAGGUGUGAUCAAGGCUUUGGAGACACAUUUGAAUCAAGUGAAAAAUGAUUACAAGGAAAAACUUGAAAGGGUAGAGUCUGCAAGAAAUCAAUUUGAGAAGGAAGCAGCAGAUCUGAAAGCGAAACUUGAAAAAUGUGAAGCAGAAAUCGAAGCUAGCAGGAAAUCAAAUGAGCUUAAUCUUCUUCCACUCAGUAGUUUUAGCACAGAAGCAUGGAUGAAUUCAUUUGAAUCCCCUGACAUUAUAGAGGCUGAUCGAGCAGUUGUCCCAAAGAUUCCUGCUGGUGUUUCAGGAACAGCAUUAGCAGCUUCACUUCUGCGGGAUGGCUGGAGUCUUGCAAAAAUGUAUGCGAAGUACCAAGAGGCUGUUGAUGCCUUUCGUCAUGAGCAGUUGGGAAGGAAGGAGUCUGAGGCAGUCUUGCAACGGGUUCUAUUUGAAUUGGAGGAGAAAGCGGAAGUCAUUUUAGAUGAAAGAGUUGAACAUGAGAGAAUGGUUGAGGCAUAUUUUUUGAUCAACCAGAAAUUGCAGAACUCGAUUUCUGAACAGGCAUACUUGGAGAAGACCAUCCAGGACUUAAAGGCUGAGGUAAGGAAGCAUGAGCGUGACUACACGUUUGCACAAAAAGAGAUUGCUGAUCUCCAGCGAGAGGUUACAAUCCUUCUGAAGGAAUGCCGUGAUAUACAGCUUUGUGGGAUAUCAUCUGGUCAUGAUAGUCAUGACUAUGGUACUGUUGCCGCUGUUGAGAUGAACACUGAAUCUGAUGCUGAGAGGGUCAUAUCUGAACAUCUUUUGACCUUCAAGGACAUAAAUGGACUAGUUGAUCAGAAUACGCAGCUCAGGAGCCUUGUUCGCAAUCUUUCUGACCGGCUUGAAAAUAGGGAAAUGGAGUUCAAGGAGAAUUUUGAAAUGGAGAUAAAGAAACACAAUGAUGAAGCUGCCUCUAGAGUUGCGGCAGUGUUACAAAGAGCUGAAGAGCAAGGGCGCAUGAUUGAAUCCCUUCACGCCUCUGUUGCAAUGUACAAAAGGCUAUAUGAAGAGGAGCAUAAACUUCAUUCGUCUGGUCCUCGUAUAGAAGAGGCUGCUCCAGAAGAAAGGAGAACUGACGUAAAGCUUCUCCUUGAGAGUUCUCAGGAAGCUACAAGAAAGGCCCAAGACCAGGCUGCAGAACGAGUGAAAUGUCUGGAGGAAGAUCUGGCAAAGACCAGGAGCGAGAUCAUAUCUUUGCGGUCAGAGCGUGACAAGUUGGCUUUGGAAGCAAAUUUUUCUCGAGAGAGACUUGAGAGCUUUAUGAAGGAAUUUGAGCAUCAGAGAAAUGAAACAAAUGGUGUUUUAGCAAGGAACAUUGAGUUCUCUCAGUUGAUAGUUGACUACCAACGAAAGCUGCGUGAAAGUUCUGAAUCUGUUCAAACUGCUGAGGAGCAUACUAGGAAGUUGACCAUGGAGGUGUCUGUUUUGAAGCAUGAAAAGGAAAUGUUGGAACAUGCUGAGAAGCGAGCUUGUGACGAAGUUCGUAGUUUGACGGAAAGGGUCCAUAGACUGCAGGCUAGCUUGGACACUAUUCAGAGUGCCGAGGAAAUUCGUGAGGAGGCAAGAGCUGCUGAGAGGAGAAGACAAGAAGAGUAUACGAAACAAAUAGAGAGGGAGUGGGCUGAUGUCAAGAAAGAUCUACAAGAAGAGCGAAACAAUGCCCGCACUCUCACACUUGACCGUGAGCAGUCCAUACAAAACGCCAUGAGACAAGUUGAAGAAAUGGGAAAAGAGUUGGCUAAUGCUUUGCAUGCUGUUGCAUCUGCUGAGACUAGAGCUGCUGUAGCUGAGGCUAAACUGACCGAUUUGGACAGAAGGAGUAAAUCCUCAGAUGUGAAGGUUGUUGAUGUCGAUGGUGGGAGUGUAUCUUCCUCCUUGACAAGUGAUGAGGCUUUGGUGGCAUUGCAUGCUGCAAAGGAAGAGAUUGAAAAAUUGAGAGAGGAAGUGCAAGCUAACAAGGAUCACAUGCUACAGUAUAAGAGCAUAGCUCAGGUAAACGAAGAUGCAUUGAGACAGAUGGAAUCUGCCCAUGAAAACUUCAAGAUUGAGGCUGAAAAACUGAAGAAAUCUCUUGAAACCGAUCUUCUUUCUCUAAGAGAGAGAGUAUCUGAACUUGAAUACGAGUGUAGUUUGAAGUCUCAAGAAGUUGCUUCAGCAGCUGCAGGGAAGGAAGAAGCUCUUUCUUCCGCUCUAUCAGAAAUUACAAGUCUAAAGGAAGAAACCUCAACUAAAACUUCCCAAAUUGUGUCACUGGAGAUUCAGAUAUCUGCUUUGAAAGAAGACUUGGAGAAAGAACAUCAGCGAUGGCGUUCUGCUCAGGCCAAUUAUGAAAGACAGGUUAUCCUCCAGUCGGAGACAAUACAGGAGUUGACUAAGACAUCGCAGGCUUUGGCUACGCUCCAGGAAGAAGCGUCAGAGUUGCGGAAAUUGGUUGACGUACUCAAAAGUGAAAAUAAUGAACUCAAGUCUAAGUGGGAAUUUGAGAAGGGAAUGUUAGAAGAAUCCAAAAAUGUUGCCGAGAAGAAGUACAAUGAAAUCAAUGAACAGAACAAAAUACUGCACAGUCAACUUGAGGCUUUGCACAUUCAACUGACUGAUAGAGAUCGUGGUUCAGUUGGAACUUCUGCAAGCAAUGCUCCAGAUACUUCUGGUGAUGCUGGUUUACAAAAUGUGAUAGGUUAUCUUCGACGGACAAAAGAAAUUGCAGAGACAGAGAUUUCCUUAUUGAAACAAGAAAAACUUCGAUUACAGUCACAACUUGAGAGUGCCCUCAAGGCUUCAGAAACAGCCAAGUCAUCACUUCAUGCUGAGCGCACGAAUUCAAGAUCAAUGUUCACGGAGGAGGAAAUGAAAUCCUUGCAACUACAGGUUAGAGAAAUUAACUUACUUCGUGAAAGCAAUAUCCAACUCAGAGAAGAAAACAAGCACAAUUUUGAGGAAUGCCAGAAAUUGCGUGAAAUAUCACAAAAAGCUAAUGCUGAGACGGAGAACCUAGAGAGAUUGCUACAGGAGAGACAGAUUGAGUUGGAAGCCUGUAAGAAAGAAAUUGAAAUGCGAAAGUCAGAGAAAGAACACUCAGAACAGAGGGUUCGUGAGCUACUUGAAAGAUAUAGAAACAUUGAUGUUCAAGAUUAUGAUCGCACAAAGGAGGAUGUUCGUCAGUUGCAGAAAAAAUUGGAGGAGAAGGAUUCUCAAAUAGUAGAAGUCAGGAAACUUCUUUCAGAAAAGUUGGAGACUGUAUCACGUCUGGAGCAAGAUAUUGCUAACUCCAAAUUGGAACUGACUCAGAUGGAGAAGAGAAUGAGUGACGCUUUGCAAGUUGAGGCAAGUCUAAAAUCAGAUAUCGAGAAGCAAAGGAAGAUCACUGCUCAGUAUAAGAGGAGGCUUGAAAUGUUCUCAAGAGAAAAAGAGACCCUUUCAAAAGAAAAGGAGACACUAUCAAAGGAAAGGGAGGAACUGAGCAAGGAGAAUCAAGCUCUUUCUAGACAGCUGGAGGAACUCAAAUUAGCGAAACGAGCAUCAGGGGAUACUACCGGGGAGCAGGCAAUUAGGGAAGAGAAAGACCAGAAAAUUCAGCUUCUGGAAAAGCAUUUGGAGAGGCAGAGAGAGGAGCUGAGAAAGGAGAGGGACGAAAAUCGUAUGGAGAAAGCAACGCGCAGGAAGAUGGAGAAGGCUGUAACGGAUUCCUAUACUAAUGUUGACCAGGACAAGAAGAAGUUCAUGAAUGAACUCGAGAAGCAUAAGCAGGCUCUGAAGCAGCUUUCAGAAGAGCUUGAAAAGCUAAAACAUGCAAAAGACAGUCUCCCUGAGGGCACCUCAGUUGUUCAACAACUAUCAGGAACCAUACUGGAUGGUCUUGCUGCUGCCUACAGCUUAGCUGUCGAAAAUUUUGAAAAGACAGCACAUUCAGUUCACAAUGAGUUUGGAGCUCACGGUGUUCUGGCAAACACUCCUCCAGUUGCAGAUACUUCAUUAGUGGCUACCUCUGGUACUGCUCAAGCACCCACUGUUGUGCCUUCAAUGAGUCCUGUGAAGAGCUUAGUAUCCAAAGCGACUGAAGAAAGCACAAAGAGAACCACUUUGCCCAAAACCAAUGUUGAAACUCGCAAACCAGGAAGGAGAUUGGUUAGGCCCCGUCUUGUAAGACCUGAAGAACCACAAGGUGAUGUAGAGAUGUCAGAGAUGGAAGGGACCCGCAAUGGGGGCAAACAAGCGCCAUCGAAUGAAAUGGAAGUUCAAGGAAAUGCUACUUUGACACAACCGCUGCUUCGGAAACGUCUGGCUUCUUCAUCUACUUCUGAGUCCCGUGAGGAAACAAAUAAUCAAGGGGAAAUUUGUCCUGAUGUGGCAGCACCUGUGUCAAAGAAGUCCAAAGGUUCAGAUUCUCCACAGGGGAGUGAAGGGCAGCCAUCUACUAUUUCGGAGAAUCUUGGGAGUGUUCCAGUCAAAGAUGAACCUUUAGACGUCGCUGUUGAUUUGCCGCAAGGUUCAAAUGAGGAAGCUGCUGUUGAUGCUGAGAAAGAAGAAACUGAGACUGCUGGGGAGAAGGUUGAAGAGCCAAAUGAAGGACAGUUUGAUGGUUCGAGUCAAGUUGAAUCACAACCUGAGAAGGAUAGUGAUUUAGUGGAGAAUGUGGAUGGGUCAGAUGGAAAAGAUAUGCCAUCACACGAUGGAGCCAAAGAUCAGGUUGAGAUGGAGCAACAGUCCAGUGAUUUUGGAGGAGAACGAGAAGAGGGAGAGCUGGUCCCUGAUAUUUCUGAGCUUGAAGGUGGUGAUACGAUGGCCAGUCCUGAAAUAGGGGAAGUUCAACCUGAACCUGUAACAACUCCCGAGGCUUCCCCAGCUAGGGGCGAUGAUUAUGGUGUUGCUGCUGGUUCUGUUGUGGAUAUUGGUGAGGUCAAUUCUCCAGAGAUUCUUAAUGAUGAGAAAAAUGAUGACAUGGAUGCAACUGAAGAAACCGCUGAUGGUUCCGAUAAGUCAAUUGAUGGUAAUGACCAAACUGCGAUGGAGACUGAUCAGGCUGCUGAAGCUACCUCAGUAAUCGUGGAUACCACUUCAACAGGUGCCGAAGCUACCUCAGUAAUCGUGGAUACCACUUCAACAGGUACCACAUCGGAAGUUAGCAUUUCAAAACAAACUAGUCCCAGUCUUGCGGCAGAAGAGGUGAGACAGGUGUCUCCAGUGACUAAUCCGUCAACUACCAUAAAUAUAACAGAACGAGCCGUGGUGAAUGCACGCCGAAGACAACAGGCAAGAGGGCUUUCAACAUCACCAAGCCCAGGUCGUGGUGGACCAGCUGGAAGACAAGGUGGGAGACCUGGACGCGGACGCGGACGUGGACGAUCUCGUGGGUCAACAUCUGGCGAUCAAGUGUGAGACCAAAAUUCAUAAGAAAUUUACGCUUUAUCCCCCAUACUGCCAUUGAAAGGGCACAAAUUUUUUCGAUGUUCGAAAAUCGGAUAUGGAUUUUGGAAAGAUGUUAGUUGGAGGAUAAGUGUUUUGAUGUUCAGUGAGUAGUAUGUAAAUCCAUUUUUGCUUCCUCGACGAUGGAGCACCUGCCUAAUGUUUUGCAUAGUGUACUUUCUUGUUGCGGGAAGGACACGAACACGACCUGUUUCGCUCGUUAUAUUAUUAACGUUUACCAAGUUUCAUUUGGACUAUCA